AUGUUGAAACUACGUGACUAUCAAGUCAAUGCAAUAGAAUCAGUCCAUAACGCUAUCGCAAGAGGAAUCAGACGACCAGCAGUAGUCCUUGCAACAGGUGGUGGAAAGACGGUGGUCUUCUCUCAUAUCAUAAAGGAUUUGGCACCACUGCUACCCUCUAGAGGUAACAAGACGCUUGUAUUGGCGCACAAGGAAGAAUUGGUGCAUCAGGCUGCAAAGACCAUCUCCUCCACAUAUCCUGAAGCCAAAGUUGAUAUUGAUAUGAGGAAUUUGAAGCCCUCUUCGGAUGCUGAAAUAAUUGUGGGCUCUGUUCCUACGUUAAUACGAAGCUCUCGGUUAGAGAAAUACAAUCCUUCUGAAUUCAAGGCCAUUAUCCUCGAUGAAUGCCAUCAUGCAACAGCCAGUUCAUGGUUAAAAAUACUAAAAUACUUCGGAGCAGACACCGCUAGCCUGGAGAUAUAUGUAUUAGGUUUCACUGCCACGUUGGAAAGAAAUGAUGGAAAGAAUUUAGGAGAGAUUUUUGAUGAAAUUGUCUACGAAAGAAGUUUACUCGAAAUGGUAAAAAACAAAGAAUUGGUGGACGUUAAGUUUUCAUCGAUAGAUGUCCAUGUGGAUUUGGACAAGGUAGCCUCUAGAAAAGAUGACUACCAAAUCAGUAGUCUUUCGGAGGCCAUGAACACGGCGGAUGUUAAUUCAGUUGUUGCUUUGUCAUAUAUCAAGCUACAAAAGGAGUUCAACUUCAAAUCCACAUUGAUCUUUUGUGUUGAUAUUAAUCAUUGUAAAACUUUAUGUGGGGUGCUACAAAAACAGGGUAUCAAUGCACAAUAUAUAACGGGUGAGACCUCAAAGCAUGAGAGAAGGGCAAUUAUAGAUGACUUUAAGAGCGGAAUAAUAAAUGUGUUGUGCAAUGUUCAGGUUUUCACAGAAGGUACUGAUAUUCCCAACAUUGACUCUCUCUUCUUAGCCAGGCCAACAAAGUCGAGGGUACUAUUAGUUCAAAUGAUAGGUAGAGGUUUGAGAUUAUACAAAGGUAAAUCGCAUUGCCAUGUGAUUGAUAUUGCGGGAACCAAAGGAACGGGUAUCCAAUCGGUUCCUACAUUGUUCUCCCUACCACCAGACUAUGUUAUACACGGCAAGUCUUAUGAACAAUUAACCCAAGAAAAAGAGCAAUAUGAUUUGGAACAAGAACAAUUGAAGAAGGAAAACUUGAACAAAGAACAAGCUCUCAAGCUUUUGGAAAUGCAGAAGAAAAGUGAACAGUUGUUCGAGAUGGAGGAUCUUGUACAAAGUGUUGAUUUAAACGUCUCAACAUACGAUGGGUUCCUAGCACUAGAAAAGGAAAGUACCAAAAAAUACCAAUUAGUCAAAGUUGUAAAUGAGGAGUUUUCCAACAAUUACCUCCCUUGGAUAAGAUUAGAGUAUGACUUAUGGGGGUUGCUGGUUGACCAAUUACAUUUUUUGUUGAUACGCAAGCUUGUGGAAGGAGAUACUACUAAAUGGAAUCUUAGCUUGAAUCGGUUUGCGAGCAAUGCCCAACUUGUCUCGAGUUCGUUUAUGUGUCCAAGACAAUCAGUUGUCUCUGACAUAUCAACUAGUACGAAUCUUCAAUCAUUGUUGAUCGAUGCUGAGAAGUUGGCCACUUCGAUUGAUAAAUCCUUCAGAUUUCGUGUAAAAGAUUUCCAGAAGCCAUUAACACCCAAACAGGCCAGUUAUCUCAUACCAAAAAUGAUUCAAAAGCUAAACCAGUUUUAUGAUGUUACAACCCAAAUGGAGGAAUCUUUGAAGGACCAAAUCCAAGGUCUCUCUAAAAAACGCGCUGGUGGUUUGAUAUUCGCGUUCAAGUACUCCAAAAAAUCGCUUUGGAUUCGCUGGGAGUUGCAAAAGAUGGUUGGGCCUGACCGGAAAGCACUCUCAACUAUGAAGAAGAUGACUAGCAUACAACGUGAAAUCAAGGAGCUAAAGGAGCAGAUUGUUCAGUGA